AUGUCACCGUUCAGCCGUGAAACGUUCUCGAACGCACAGACAACGCAUCGAUGUGCCAAAAAUAUAAUAAUAUACGCUCACUAUAUUUUGUGUUGGACGUACAGAAUUUAUCGUAAAAGUCGUAGAGCCGAUAUGGUAGCAAUAGAUCAUUCGAACGAAUCGCCUACAAACUUUCGUCCGAAAGCUUCCGAGGCCACUCUUGAAGUUCCCAUUUCGUUCACUCAAAAGUUAAGAGGCUUUCGUGGAAACUAUACUUCGGGAAAGCUACAACCCGAUCGAUUCGAACGUAACCGUACCGUUUUCGCCGAUUUAAAAGCGAAAUCGAAUACCUGA